CUCGCUCCGCGCCCCGCGCAGCCCGCGAUGCCGCGGCGCGGCGCGGCGCGGCCCGCCGCCACCACCAGCCCCCCGCCGCCGCUCCGCGCCCCCUCCGCGGGCUCUUGCCUGCCGCUCAGCAGCCGCCCUGGAUGCGGGGAUUUUUUUCUUCUUUUUUAAGGGAGAGAGAGGGCAGAGCCUCGCUUCUCCCCCCUUCUUUCACUCUCUCGAUAUUUUUAUUUUUAUUUUUGUUUCCCUUGGGGAUAGAGGGGCACACGAGGAAAAAAAAGUAAAGGAAUAUGAUUGCUUCGUGGCUGACUUUCGCCUUGCUUUGUGGAACUUUCUGUGCAGGACCAGGCCAUGGGGAGGCUGAGACAAGGGAAUGCAUUUACUACAACGCCAACUGGGAGUUGGAGAAGACCAACCAGAGCGGCGUGGAGCGCUGCGAGGGGGAGAAGGACAAGCGGCUCCACUGCUACGCCUCCUGGAGAAACAACUCGGGAUCCAUCGAGCUGGUGAAGAAAGGCUGCUGGUUAGACGACUUCAACUGUUAUGACAGGCAGGAGUGCGUAGCCACAGAAGAAAACCCCCAAGUGUUUUUCUGCUGCUGUGAGGGCAACUAUUGCAAUGAGAAGUUUACCCAUUUGCCUGAAGUCACCGGCCCAGAAGUCAUCUAUGAGCCGCCGCCACCAACGCCCUCCCUGCUCAACAUCCUGGUGUACUCGCUGCUCCCCAUCGCUGUCCUCUCCAUGGCCAUCCUCUUGGCUUUCUGGAUGUACCGUCACCGCAAGCCUCCCUACGGGCAUGUCGACAUUAAUGAGGACCCCGGCCCGCCACCCCCUUCUCCCCUGGUUGGCCUAAAGCCUCUGCAGCUCCUGGAGAUCAAGGCGAGGGGACGCUUCGGCUGCGUGUGGAAGGCUCAGCUGAUGAACGACUACGUAGCAGUGAAAAUCUUUCCUAUUCAGGAUAAGCAAUCUUGGCAGAGCGAGAGGGAGAUUUUCAAUACUCCUGGCAUGAAGCAUGAAAACCUUUUGCAAUUUAUCGCAGCGGAGAAAAGAGGGACAAACCUAGAGACAGAGCUCUGGCUGAUCACAGCUUUCCACGACAAGGGCUCUCUGACGGAUUACCUGAAGGGCAAUAUUAUCAGCUGGAAUGAGCUCUGCCAUGUUGCAGAAACGAUGGCCCGUGGCUUGUCCUACCUUCAUGAAGACGUCCCUUGGUGCAAAGGUGAAGGACACAAACCUGCUAUAGCACACAGGGACUUCAAGAGUAAAAAUGUCUUGCUGAAGAACGACUUGACGGCAGUGCUAGCCGAUUUCGGACUAGCUGUACGGUUUGAACCUGGAAAACCUCCAGGGGACACUCAUGGACAGGUGGGAACGAGGAGGUAUAUGGCUCCCGAAGUGUUAGAGGGAGCAAUCAACUUCCAACGAGACGCCUUCCUGAGAAUAGACAUGUAUGCAAUGGGACUGGUGUUGUGGGAGCUAGUCUCCAGAUGUAGAGCAGUUGAUGGUCCAGUGGAUGAAUACAUGCUGCCUUUCGAAGAAGAAAUAGGUCAGCACCCAUCCCUUGAGGACCUGCAAGAAGUGGUGGUUCACAAGAAGAUGCGCCCCGUGUUCAAGGAUCACUGGCUGAAACACCCCGGCUUGGCGCAGCUCUGCGUGACCAUCGAAGAGUGCUGGGACCACGAUGCGGAGGCUCGGCUCUCGGCGGGCUGUGUCGAGGAGCGCAUUGCGCAGAUCCGCAAAUCCGUAAACGGCACUACCUCGGACUGCCUCGUCUCCAUCGUGACGUCCGUCACCAACGUGGACUUGCCGCCCAAAGAGUCUAGUAUCUAAGUCCUGGUUCACUUUUGUCUUUCCAGACUCAGUGGAUUUAAAAAAAAAAAAAAAAAAAAAGGAAAAAAGUUAAAAAAAAAAACCACACACAAAAAAACAAAAACACAAAAAUCCAACAAACACAUGAAUGCAGCUGCUAUUUUAUCUUGACUUUUUAUUAUUAUUGUUAUUAUUAUUAUUAUUAUUUUUUUGGAUUGGAUCAAUUUUACCAGCACAUUGCUCUACUGUAUUAAAAAAUGGACAUUUCAGCAAGCAUUCAGGUGCCGACUAAUGAAUGCAGAAAAGGUGCAGGUACCUCAGAACCUCAACAAACUCACUUCAGUUGUUUUUAUUUUAUUCAGUUUUCUGGGUUUCUCUUUAUUGGUCUGUCUUCUGAGCGGAGCAUCUGUGACAUAAAGGAAAACCACCUACCAUCUUAGAAAACGCAAUGCUGCAAACUGUGGAGGAAACUUAAGACUGUUAUAUAAAGAAUACACCUUCCUCAAAAGGAUUUUUUUCCCCAUUUUGUUUUGGUUUUGGGUUCAGUUUCUUUUUUUUUUUUUUUUUGGAAGUGAGCUUCAAAAAAAAACAGCAGAUGUGUCUUUUACGGAUCUAACGGGUGUCAUUGUAACAUGGAAAAAAAAAAGUAACUGGGCAGAGAAUGUUAAUUCUUGAUGGUAGAGUUGAAGGGGGGAGUGUAGAAUAGGGGUGGGGAGAGUGACGUUGGACUUGGCAGCAUUUGUGGAAACAUCAUUUGCUAUGGAGCUACUUCUCAGGUAACCAUUAGAGGAGGGGAAGGACAUUUCUGGGCAGAGUAUUAACGGCUGCAGCGUAUGGAGAAAGCUGAGUUAAAGAGCCAGUGGUUGUAAGCAAGGCGCUAGUUCUUUCUUCCUCCAGUGUCUCGGGCUCGGGUGGGAAAAGAACGAAGCAGAACUAUAAUUACCUUUUAUUUUCGACUCCAGACAGUAAUGGGAAGGAUGCUUUUAAGCAGUGUAAUUGGAAGAGGUGGGCAAGUGUGUUCUCAGAAGCACUUUGGUAAAAUACUGGAAGACUGGAAAAUUUUUGCAUCUCGCUUUAAGCGCGAGUCAGUUCAGGAAAUUCAGCCUUGGGGUUGAUUAUCUGUCAGCCCAAGCUACUGGUGCAGAUGGUGAGGAAAAGUGUGAAAACUGGCUCUAUAAUUUUUAUUUUUUUUUUUUCCCUUCUUAGUUUGGGGUUGGGAGGGGGUGUGGAAAUACCUGAACCAUUGGCAGAUGGCUCCUGUAGCAUCCGAGAAGCCUAUGAGCUGCCCAGUGUCAGGAUGCAGAGGCAGCGGAGCAGUAGCAGUGAUUUAGUGCAGCAUCUCUCCAACUGGUUUCUUUGACGCUGCUUUCUCCUUACUCUGUGACGAAACUCUUUUGUCUUAAAGUGGUGCAUAUUCUAAGAUACCGUUACUCUUAUUAUGCCAUAAACUCGCUCUAGUCAGUGAAUGUUCCUAAUGCUGCUGAUUCAACAUUGAAAUAUUUUUUUAAUUUGCAAAACAUGCAAUGUUUAAAAAAAAAAAAACUUUAAAAAAAAAAACAAA